AUGUUUUCGUAUAGAGUUGGUUUAAGUGGUUGUAGAAAUUUCAAGCCUUUGGCUCGUAUUUCUCCAUUACGGAACGUAUACAGGGGACCGAUAUGGUCUAAACAAUCUAGAAUGAAAUAUUCAAGACAGCAACAGCCUAUUAUUAAAUCGUCUGUUGCUAGUGUUUCUAAGAAAAUAUUUAAAUAUAGUAUGAUGGCCCUUCUUGGUAUCACAGGAUACUUCACUUAUAUUACAUAUUUAGAAUUACAUCCAAAGAGACAACUACCACAGAGUACUACUUUUAAAGACGGUUCACCAAGGAAAAGAUUGGUUAUACUGGGUACUGGUUGGGGUGCAGUAUCGCUAUUGAAAAAACUAGAUACUACUGAAUAUAACGUUGUUGUAGUAUCACCAAGAAACUACUUUUUGUUUACACCUCUUUUGACCUCUACACCAGUGGGUACAAUAGAUUUAAAGUCUAUCAUGGAGCCCAUUAGACAUAUCUUGAAAAGAAAAAAAGGUGAGGUUGUCUAUUUAGAGGCAAAUGCUACAGAUAUCGAUCCUAAGAAUAAGCAUAUUAAAAUUGUAGAUAAUUAUAAAGAAACGAGAACAUUGAAUUAUGAUUAUUUAGUUAUGUGUGUGGGUGCAGAGAGUACUACCUUCCAUAUUCCUGGUGUUAGAGAAAAUGCCAUAUUCAUUAAAGAAGCUUAUGAUUCCACUAGGAUGAAAGAAAAGAUUUUUAAUAACCUUGAAAGAGCUGCGUUCUUAGAUAUUGAUGAUCCAAAGAGAAAACAUCUAUUAACAUUUGUGGUAGUAGGAGGUGGUCCCACAGGAGUUGAAAUGGCAGCUGAGUUACAAGAUUAUGUAAAUGAAAGUCUUUGCAAAUGGAUGCCAGAAAUAUCUAAAGAUAUUCAAGUUAAGUUAGUUGAAGGUUUACCAAAUAUUUUAAAUAUGUUUGAUAAAAACUUAAUUGAAUAUACUCAAGAUUUUAUUAAAAAAUCUAAAAUCGAUUUGAAAUUGAAUACUUUUGUUAAAGGUGUUGAUUCAGAUAUAAUUACUGUUGAAGUUAAUAAAGAAAAACAAGAAAUUCCUUAUGGAGUAUUGGUUUGGGCGACAGGUAUUCAACCAAGGGAUAUAACUCGAAAUUUAGCACAAAUACUAUCAGAUGUUCAAACAGAUCGUCGUGGAUUACUGAUCAAUGAAAAAUUGCAAUUGUUAGGAGCUGAAUCGUCUAUAUUUGCCAUUGGUGAUUGUACGUUCCAUGGAGGUUUAGCACCAACUGCUCAAGUCGCUUAUCAGGAAGGUUUAUAUUUGGCAAAUAUUUUCAAACAACUACACAAAUUGGAUCAAUUAGAUUGGAAGAGUCAAUUAUCGAGUAUAUCAGAAAGACAAUUGAACGAUAUAAAGAAACAGCAAGAAUAUAUUGUGAAAAAUAAAAUGCCAAAUUUCAAAUAUGUUUAUAAAGGAACUCUAGCAUAUAUUGGAUCCGAACGUGCCAUUGCAGAGUUGAAGAUAGCAGGCAAAGAUUAUCAAUUACGUGGUAGUCCAUUUGCCUUUUUAUUCUGGAAAAUCGUAUAUUUGUCCAUGUGUGUAUCGAUUAGAAAUACGUUGAUGGUCUCAAUGGACUGGUGCAAAUUCUAUUUCUUUGGUCGUAACUCCAUAUAG